AGGGACAAAUUAGAGGAAAUUCUGCGUGGAUUAACACCUCGGAAGAAUGAUAUUGGUGAUGCAAUGGUUUUCUGUCUAAAUAAUGCGGAAGCUGCUGAAGAAAUUGUAGACUGCAUUACAGAAUCAUUGUCCAUUCUGAAGACUCCCCUUCCUAAGAAGAUUGCAAGAUUAUAUCUAGUGUCGGAUGUGUUAUACAACUCUUCAGCUAAAGUUGCCAAUGCUUCCUACUAUAGAAAAUUUUUUGAAACAAAAUUGUGUCAGAUAUUCUCUGAUCUCAAUGCUACUUACCGUACAAUACAAGGCCAUUUACAGUCUGAAAAUUUCAAGCAACGGGUAAUGACAUGCUUCCGAGCAUGGGAAGACUGGGCGAUCUAUCCAGAACCAUUUCUGAUCAAACUACAGAAUAUUUUCUUGGGGCUUGUAAAUAUCAUGGAAGAUAAAGAAACAGAGGAAGUACCAGAUGAUCUUGAUGGUGCUCCCAUUGAAGAAGAGCUUGAUGGUGCUCCACUAGAAGAUGUGGAUGGAAUUCCUAUUGAUGCUGCUCCUAUUGAUGAUCUGGACGGAGUCCCAAUUAAAUCUCUGGAUGACGAUCUUGAUGGAGUUCCUUUGGAUACGGCUGAAGACUCAAAAAAGAAUGAGCCUAUAUUUAAAGUUGCCCCUUCAAAAUGGGAAGCAGUGGAUGAAUCGGAAUUGGAAGCUCAAGCUGUUACUACUUCUAAGUGGGAGCUUUUUGACCAACAUGAAGAAUCCGAGGAGGAAGAAAUUCAAAAUCAAGAAGAAGAAAGUGAAGAUGAGGAAGACACUCAGAGUUCUAAGUCAGAAGAGCAACACAUGUAUUCCAAUCCUAUUAAAGAAGAAAUGCCUGAAUCCAAGUCUUCAGUCAAAUAUUCAGAAAUGAGUGAAGAAAAGCGUGCCAAACUCCGAGAGAUAGAGCUUAAGGUGAUGAAGUUUCAGGAUGAGUUAGAGUCUGGGAAAAGACCCAAGAAACCAGGCCAGAGUUUUCAGGAACAGGUUGAACACUAUAGAGACAAGCUGCUCCAGAGGGAAAAAGAAAAAGAGUUGGAAAGAGAACGGGACAGAGACAAAAAGGAUAAGGAAAAAUCUGAAUCCAGGUCCAAAGAUAAGAAGGAAAAGGAGGAAUGUACACCAACAAGAAAAGAGAGGAAAAGACGACACAGUGCUUCACCUAGCCCAUCUCGCAGCAGUGGCAGUAGACGAGCAAAAUCUCCAUCACCAAAAUCGGAACGCUCAGAGCGCUCUGAACGGUCCCACAAAGAGAGUUCACGUUCUCGGUCAUCGCAUAAAGAUUCUCCCAGAGAUGUCAGUAAAAAAGCCAAAAGGUCGCCAUCUGGCUCCAGGACACCCAAAAGAUCAAGAAGAUCACGAUCCAGAUCCCCUAAAAAGUCAGGGAAAAAAUCCAGGUCUCAGUCCCGUUCUCCUCACAGAUCUCACAAGAAGUCAAAGAAAAGCAAACACUGACAAUGUUAAUAUUUUUUAUGACGCUGUCACUUACUGGAAAUGCGGUUUUGUUUUUGUGCCUGAACAGUCUGUUUAAAAAAACAAAAAAGCAUUCCUGAUGGUUUUGGUUUUUUUUUUUUUUUGUGAAUGCACGUGUAUACUCAUGAGUAUCGGCAUCUGUAGACCUGUCAUUGUUUUAUAUUGUACAAAAUAUCUUCAUUGUGACUAUUUCCCAAAAGAAACAUUUUUGUGUUUAGAAGUUUCAUCAGAAAUGCGUGUAACUGAUCUGCUGGCAGUAGUGAUAUUUUGUUUUAGAACGUUGUGACAUAGCAGAAAUAACUCAAAUGUUCCCCCUUUUUGUAGCUUUGACAAUUUGAAUUAGAUUUCAAAUAAAAUCUGAACAGAAAAUUAA